AUGAGAACGAAUGAAGCUGUGUUAUUAAGUCGUGCCAUUGCGAAAACCGAAAACCUAAAGGAACUUUACGUAGGCGGUAACUUCUUUAACCCAGAUGAAAUCAAGGAUCUGGUUAAAAUGUUCGGGCGGAAUCCAAAUGUCAAAGUGUUGUCCUUGGGAGAUUACCAGUUCGUGAACAAGGUUGCUGCUAGGCUCGCCAAACGUUGCAUGACUCGCGACCCCACUAAAUCGGUAACUUACCAAGGAGUCAUACUUAGCAAUCCACCUCGUACAAUAGAUGUACCGGAGAUGUUGCUGAACCGUUGCCGAUUCCUUGGAUUCAAACCGAAGAAAAAGAAACUGAAAAAGGACCUGGGACACUUCAUGUUGCAGCUCCUGCAACUAGAAAAACCAUUGAUCGAGCGAGACGAUUUCGUAGCCAUGGUGAAGAAAUUCCGCAUCAAGUUAAAUCGGAAUUUACUCGAAUCACUGAUGGAUGCAUUCGUGGAACAACGAAUGGUCAAUACGGCGGCAAUGGCUACCAAGUACCUGCAGAAAUACCCCACCGAUCCACCUCCACCAAAGCCUCAGAAAGGCGGGAAAAAGAAGCCCAAAAAUGGGAAAAAGAAAAAGUUUUGAUCAUUGAUUAAAUGUAAUGUUACAAAGUUUCAAAAUGAAGC